AUGGCGGCGAGGGACUGGGCUUCGCUGGCCCCGGACAUCCUGAUCACCGUCAUCCUCAUGCUGGGGCCCGCCGAGAUCAUGCGGGGCGCGGAGCGCGCCUUCUCCUCCUGGCGGCGCGUCGCCGUCGAUGAUCCGGCGCUGUGGCGGCGCAUCGACAUGGGCACGGAGGUCUUGCCGUUUUCCUCCGGCGGACGGGCGGCGGCGCACGCCGCCAUGGAUCGCGCCGCCGGGGAGUGCGAAGCCUUCUCGGGGCCCUGCGACAACCACUUGCUGUUCUGCCUGGUUCGAAGAGCACCCUCCUUGAAAGUCCUGCAUGUGAAACAUCUGUAUGCGCAAAAUAAAGUACUGAACUCGGUGCUCAACAGACUACCUCUCCUGGAGGAUAUUGAAAUUUCUCCUUCAUUUGCCAGCACUCCCUCUGAGAAUUUGCUUCAAUCCGUCUGCAAAGAUUGUCCUCGUCUCAAGAAACUCAGGCUGAACUGCAGCGAGUCUUUUGACUUCCACAAUGGCAAUGGCGUGGCCUUGGAGAUAAUCCAUGGAGGAAUCGCACCGAUGCAUGACUUGCGCUCCAUAGAAUUGCUUCACUGUGACCUGACUACCCAGGGACUGAGAGCAAUCCUUGACAAUUGCCCUCUACUGGAAACUCUCCACAUUACUGGAUUUCUAGUUGGUGGCAAGAUCGAUGAGAAGCUACGGCGGAAAUGCGCUAGAGUGAAGGAUCUGACUCUUCCUGGUAAAUCAGUGAAGCUUUACAGAUUUCAUCGUAAUGGUCCGGUCAGAAGACAAGUUUCUGGGCCCUUGGAGAUGGAUGACUGA